GAAACGUUCUCCCGCUGCCGAGCCUGCAGUAUUAUCAGCUAUGUUACCUAGGCGGGGCGUAGUGUGAGCGAGCUGCGGGAAUCGGAGCGGAGCGGUGCGCACGUACAUCGCCGAACUUUCGUGUGGGAAUACCCCAAGCUUUAGUUAUUGGAACAAAGGAAUUUUAGUUUUUUUUUUUUAUGCAAAGGCUCCUUAAAGAAAGCCUUGCUGGUUUGGUCUUGUAAACAUACGUUACUGAUAAUGAAGUACUUUCCCUCUGUGCAGGAGCAGCUCUCUCACCUGGCUCUGGUCUUAGUGCUGGUUUAUGUGAGCAAUGCUUCUGAGUAUGAGUACCUGAACUGGAAGUCAGAUAUUUACCACACGGGCGGCCGCAUUUAUGGCAAGCCGCCUCAGUGUGUGGACAUCCCAGAUGACCUAAGACUCUGCCACGGCGUGGGCUACACCCGGAUGCUGCUGCCCAACCUGCUGGAGCACGAGACCAUGGCUGAGGUCAGGCAGCAGGCAGGCAGCUGGGUGCCCCUGGUGCACAAGAACUGUCACCCUGGCACUCAGUUGUUGCUGUGCUCGCUGUUCGCCCCCGUGUGCUUGGAACGACCCAUUUACCCCUGCCGCUGGUUGUGCGAGGCAGUGCGGGAUGGGUGCGCGCCUAUCAUGUUGGCAUUUGGGUUUCCCUGGCCAGAAAUGCUCACCUGUGAUAAGUUUCCUCUGGAGGACGUGUGUAUUGCCAUGAGCUCAUCAAAUGCGACUGAGGCUAUGAAGCCUACAGGCGAUUCGCCCAUCUGCCCACCAUGUGACAACGAGCUAAAAACGGAUGCUAUCCUGGAGCACAUGUGUGCCAGUGAGUUUGCCAUCAAGACCAAGAUCAAAGAAGUAAAGAAGGAGAAUUCAGACCGUAAGGUGAUUCUGCAGAAGAAGAAGAGGGCAAUUAAACUGGGGAACAUGAAGAAAAAGGACCUGAAGAAACUGGUGCUUUACCUGAAGAAUGGGGCCGACUGCCCCUGCCAGCAGUUGGAUAACCCACAUAAUACUUACCUGUUCAUGGGCCGCAAGGUGGACAAGCAGUAUUUGCUGACUGGUAUUCACAAAUGGGACAAAACCAGCAAGGAGUUGAAAAAGGCUAUGAAGAAGAUGAGAAAUCACAAGUGUCCAGCUUUUGAGACGGUCUUCAAAUAAUCAGCUUUUUGCCGAUUAUUGAUUGUAAGAACUUGCACAACCAAAACAACCCAAAACUUUUUUUUGUCAUUUUUGUUCUUUUAAAUAUAGAUAUAUAUUUACAGAUUUACCCUUGUAGAGAAUUGCUCGCGUUAUGUUCUUUUGUUCUCAUUUCCAGUGAAUGACAGAUUCACUAUACAAGAUCAUGGUAGGUGCUGAACAGCAUUUGAAUCCUGUCCAGGAUUCGUCAGCAGAUUUCUCAACAUGCAUAUUGUGCAUUUCAGCAUUUGUGUGCAUGCAUGCAGAAUGCUUUCAAAAUGUAAUGAUCUCGUUGGUUACUUUUUUCCCCAUUUUGCUGUUAAGCGUCCUAUUUGAAACUUUUAAACCUCAAACAGUAGUUUACUAUCAGUGAAAUCAUUGGUCUAGUGAAUCUAGUGCCCGUUUUAUCAUUUACUAGCUAUGAGUAUGUCUUUCUUAGCUUUUGUUGUCAGGCAACAAAAUGACAGUAAAUUGAUAACUUUAAACAUUAAUCACUAUAAUCUUAAACACUAAAGAAAUUAUUACUGCACUAUAAUAUUCAUCAGUGUGGGUAUCAAAUAGCGUUUCCUUUUGGCCUUUUUACUUUUAAUAUUUUUUGAAACUUUGUAUUUCUGACAACUGCCAUCAAAUUAUGCCAGUUUACCAAUGCAAUAGCUACAGUAUAUUUAAUUAUUUCUAUACAGUUCAUCCCUAUGGAAACAAUGUUUUCGUACAGCAGAUAUUUGCAUGCUAUAUUCAUCUUCUUGUGCAUAAUUUUUGCAACAAUCAUUAUCAUAGUCAGAAUGUGAAAGUAAAGAAAGAACUGAAUUGUGCAAUGUAUGCGGUUAAUUUUAGAACAUGGUGAUUUGGCAUGAAGGUUUGAGCUGUCUGACGUGCAACAUAGGAGAGAUUUCAAGUACAAAGACUUAAAAUAAAAGUGAAGACUUAGUGAUGGUGCAGGGCUGAAUGGGUAGGACUUACCACUGACCUUAUACUACCAGCUGCGUUUGAUUUCUCCAGCCAUAUGCAGGUCACUCAUUGCUUGUUUACAGUACAAUGCCCCAUGCACACACGUCAAUUUGCGCAAUAAUUAGCUCCUAAAUGACUUGCAGGUAUUUAAGCGAUUUGCAGGUAUUUCUUGGCUUGGCACAUUAUAGUCCUAAACACUUAUUGCUCCAAUGUGUACCAUUUCUAAUGUUGCUUUAGAUGAAUUGUUGCAGCAGUUGCGUAUUGCAUUUCACAUGCACUCCCCUGGUAUAAUUUUAAGUCUCCGACCUUUUCAUAAGACCAGGGACAGCGGAAUGUAAAUGUUAUUUGGUGCAGCCCACAUGGCUCUGGGGUUUGAAAGGCGCAUGUCUGUCUUAGCCAUUUAAUGCUUUAAUACAAUUUUCGUCUCUGAAAUGGGUACAUUACUUCAGUUUUUCUAUAAUGAUGUAAUGGUAUUCUUAUUUGAUAACCAUGAGAACAACUAUAGUAUGGCCUGGCUAAUUGUUGUAAGGAAUGUAUGUACAUUAUGCAAAACAGCUGUUUUACUUCACUGUAUGCAGUUUUGUUAAUGAUGGCAACUUAAGGAUAAAUAAACGGUAUUCACGCUAUUACAACUGGUUAAUGAGCCAUUAAUCGUAUCGUAUUCGGCCAAGACAUUUUGCCUGUUAAGUUACAUUUUAUCAAAAGGCAUACUUGCCCACGGUUAGGUAUGUUUUCCUGCAUGGUGCAUUUAGCUGAAUUCUAAAACAUACAUUA